GUGACCGGAAGUGAGACAUCUCCUUCUGGUCACUUUGACACUUGUCCACUCAGACUGGAGGCAGGUUGAUCACUGGGAACCACCGGCUAGGAUAGACAAUGAUGAAGCGGUGAAGUGCUGCUAAUGAAAGUCUAAUUCACGCGUAUCCUCUCAGAUUUAUACAUAUUUUAACGACUUCUUGUUCAAAAAAUGACGACGACCACGACAUAUCAAGGGAUGGAGCCCGGCUCUAAAAGCAGUUCCAGGGUUUUGCGCCCUCCUGGCGGCGGCUCCAACAUUACACUUGGAGCAGAUGAGGAGAAGCCUCCUGUCCGGAAAGACAAGAUGGCCUCCAGCGUUUUCGCUGAGCCAGAGGACAUCUAUGCUAAUCGAAGGAACAAUCCACCAGGUGGGAAGCCAACAGGUGUGCUCUGUGGUGAGUCGUCAGCCCCUCUGAGGCGAGGAGGGAACCAGACCACUAACCACUCUGCAGACGCUCCCGCAACAGAUGGAGAAAAUUCUGUACGCGAAUAUGAAAACAGCGCUCCAGAGCCUGAAGUUGUUGCAGAGCACAAAGAGGAGGCCCCUCUAGCGGAAGAUCCAGCUGCAGGAGUAGCGUCCGGUCGCAGGAAUCCACCUGGGGGCAAGUCCAGCCUCAUUCUGGGUUGAAUCCCAGCCGACAGCCUCUCUCCCUACAUCCACUCAAGUCUGAACUCAUCUUUUUUUUUUUCAUACAAGGAACCCGGUCCAUUUGUCUGUAUCGCAGGAAUCCUAUCUGAUGUCCAAUAGACACCAGAUUUCCUCCACAUCCCCAAGUGCAUUGUUUUUAUACCUCUUUUUUGAAAACGUUUUGUACUGUUUUUAUUGUUUGUUUGUUUUGACAGAAGCACUUUAUGUAUUUCUAUGUAUACGGUUCAAAGUCUGCCUUUGCCCCUCUCAUGCAUUAGACUGCAGGACAGGGUACAAGGAUCACAGGUGAUAAAUUAAUCUCCCCUGACUUUAUUGAAACAGCACAAGCUGUUACAUGAGUAUACAAGCAGUUUCCAGAACACAAGCAAAUAACAAAGUUGUCACUUUUGCACUGUGUUCAGUUUUGACCCAUCAUGCAUGCAAGUCUGGUCCGUAACGUACGAAUGUGAGAAGAAACAUAACUGUGAAGAUUUUUUAAUUUUUAAUUUUUAUUUAACCUGUUUGUUAGUCGUUUUUUGUGGAAUAAUUGUUGUACUGUUGUUGCAUGACGUUGGAAUCUUUCUACUGAUAAUAUUAUCCACUUAGGAGCCAAAUAGGAGCCACAAAAAUUACUGUCAUUGUGAUCUGAAGGAUGCAAACAUUUGUUUUCAGAUGAGUGCUGUAGGUCCCAUGUCAGGUUACAGAAUUGGAAUGAGCCUUUUUAUAUUGCAGUCACUAACGUUAGAUUAUUGUAACCCUAGUGCCGGUUUUGAGUGCCCCAUGUUUUUAUAGGUAAAAUUUACUCUAAAAAUAAAGUGUGCCUGUUUGUAUGUUAGGCUACAACAUCAAAUAAGGCUGGGUUUCCCCAAUUACAUCCUACCAGUGUCAACAAAACCUAGUUUUCCAUUGUGUGUAAUGGAAUGUUGUUGGUCCUGAAAUGUUUCUGGUAAACCCAUCCUAGAUUUGACAAGUGACCUUAUGACAGCUCAGCCUUUUUUUCUAUGCUUUACCCUCUUAUACAUCCAUUUAUCAUCCUGCUCACUGGAAAUACAGAACAGACUUUUUGUAUAUUUCAUUGUCACAUUAUUUAAACCAAAACUCCCUCCUGCUUCUGUCUUGUUGAGUCAAGUGUGUGUGACUGCAGCCAGCUGUCACGCAAAAAGACCUACAUUUCAGGUACAUGAAAUGUGAUUCCUGUGGUGUCUAUUUUUAACGUCUGUUAUGAUGCAAGAUGUGUCUGUUUGCAUCCUAUACCGAUUCCUGUUGCUGGAUGUAAGUCACUGCAGAAAUUUGAAAUCAAGAAAUGGCACAAGUGGAAAUGAACAUUAAAAAUCAAUUUUGACCAUG